CCCCUCCUACCAAGGGGAGAAGACUUUCUUGAAGUCUGAGCAGAGGAAGGAUCCUGACUGACAGAAAGCUCCAGGCACCGCGAAGCCUGAGGAUUCUCAUUUAACUCUGGGAACUGCUGUAAAGAAGUUAGAGUGCCAGAGACGACCUUUGAACUGUGAAAAAUCUCUGCAGUUGGGACCGAAAUGUCAUUCAUAGAUCCUUACCAGCAUAUUAUUGUGGAACACCAGUAUUCCCAUAAAUUCACAGUAGUGGUGCUACGUGCCACCAAAGUAACCAAGGGGACCUUUGGCGACAUGCUUGAUACGCCAGAUCCAUAUGUAGAACUUUUCAUCUCUACCACCCCUGACAGCAGGAAGAGAACGAGACACUUCAAUAAUGACAUAAAUCCUGUGUGGAAUGAGACCUUUGAGUUCAUUUUGGAUCCUAAUCAAGAAAAUGUUCUGGAGAUCACAUUAAUGGAUGCCAAUUAUGUCAUGGAUGAAACCCUAGGCACAGCUACAUUUCUCAUAUCUUCCAUGAAAGUGGGAGAGAAGAAAGAAGUUCCUUUUAUUUUCAAUCAAGUCACUGAAAUGAUUUUGGAAUUGUCUCUUGAAGUUUGCUCAUGCCCAGACCUACGGUUCAGUAUGGCACUGUGUGAUCAGGAGAAAGUCUUCCGACAACAGAGGAAAGAGAAUGUAAAGGAGAGCAUGAAGAAACUCUUGGGUCCGAAAAAGAGUGAAGGCCUGUAUUCUACACGUGAUGUGCCAGUGGUGGCCAUUUUGGGUUCAGGUGGGGGUUUCCGGGCCAUGGUGGGAUUCUCUGGUGUGAUGAAGGCUCUAUAUGAAUCAGGAAUUUUGGAUUGUGCUACCUACACUGCUGGUCUUUCUGGCUCCACGUGGUACAUGUCUACCUUAUAUUCUCAUCCCGAUUUUCCAGAGAAAGGACCAGAAGAGAUUAAUGAAGAGCUAAUGAAAAAUGUUAGCCACAACCCACUCUUACUUCUCACACCACAAAAAAUUAAAAGAUAUGUUGAGUCUUUAUGGAAGAAGAAAAGCUCUGGCCAACCUGUUACCUUUACUGACAUCUUUGGGAUGUUAAUAGGAGAAACACUAAUUCAAAAUAGAAUGAGCACUACCUUGAGUAGUUUGAAGGAAAAAGUCAAUGCUGCCCGGUGCCCUUUGCCUCUUUUUACCUGCCUCCACGUCAAACCCGAUGUGUCAGAGCUGAUGUUUGCUGAUUGGGUUGAAUUUAGUCCAUAUGAAAUUGGCAUGGCUAAAUAUGGUACUUUCAUGGCUCCUGACUUAUUUGGAAGCAAAUUUUUUAUGGGAACAGUUGUAAAAAAAUAUGAAGAAAACCCUUUGCAUUUCUUAAUGGGUGUCUGGGGUAGUGCCUUUUCCAUACUGUUCAACAGAGUCUUGGGAGUUUCGGGCUCACAAAAUAAAGGAGCCACAAUGGAGGAAGAAUUAGAAAAUAUUACAGCCAAGCACAUUGUGAGCAAUGACAGCUCAGACAGUGACGAUGAGUCCCAAGCACCCAAAGGCACUGAAAGCGAAGAUGCUCAAGCAGAGCACCAAAACGAUAAUCAAGCCAGUUGGGUCCAUCGUAUGCUAAUGGCCUUGGUGAGCGACUCAGCUUUAUUCAAUACCCGAGAAGGACGUGCUGGGAAAGUGCACAACUUUAUGCUAGGUUUGAAUCUCAACACAUCAUACCCACUGUCUCCUCUGAGAGACAUUAGCCCACUGGACUCCUUUGAUGAUGACGAACUCGAUGCAGCUGUAGCAGAUCCUGAUGAAUUUGAACGAAUAUAUGAACCACUGGAUGUCAAAAGUAAAAAGAUUCAUGUAGUGGACAGUGGGCUCACAUUUAACCUGCCAUAUCCCCUGAUCCUGAGGCCUCAGAGAGGUGUGGAUCUCAUCAUCUCCUUUGACUUCUCCGCAAGGCCAAGUGACACGAGUCCUCCGUUCAAGGAACUUCUACUUGCAGAAAAGUGGGCUAAAAUGAACAAACUCCCCUUUCCAAAGAUUGAUCCUUAUGUUUUUGAUCGAGAAGGACUGAAGGAGUGCUAUGUCUUUAAACCCAAGAACUCAGAUAUGGAGAAAGAUUGUCCAACUAUCAUCCAUUUUGUUCUGGCCAACAUCAACUUCAGAAAGUACAAGUCUCCAGGUGUUCCAAGAGAAACUGAAGAAGAGAAAGAAAUAGCUGACUUUGACAUCUUUGAUGACCCCGAAUCGCCGUUUUCAACCUUUAACUUUCAAUAUACAAAUCAAGCAUUCAAAAGGCUACAUGAUCUGAUGUACUUCAAUACACUGAACAACAUUGACGUGAUAAAGGACGCCAUAGUUGAAAGCAUUGAAUACAGAAGACAGAAUCCAUCUCGUUGCUCUGUUUCCCUCAGUAAUGUUGAAGCAAGAAGAUUUUUCAACAAGGAAUUUCUAAGUAAACCCACAGCGUAGGCUGUGUGUUGGAAAGUGCAAGUCAUUUGACUUCCAUGACAACUGGAUGUAAAGGCACAUUAGAUGUAGUUUACUGAGCGUAAGAGACAGGCAGAUACUCAGAGUUGCAGUUAUGUAGCUGCAGGAAAUGAAUACUCUUAGGAACUGUUAGGUGGGAAAUGAUGCUGAUUAUGUAACAUUAUACUUAGUAACAGUUCCUGUCAGUAUGAAUAGGGAUAUAUACUUUAUUUUAAACAUUCCUCGUCAAACUUUUUUACCUGUGCUCUUUUUAAAAAUGUGGUUUUAAGAUAUUUAAUAGUUCAACUCAAUAAUUAAGGCUCCCCAUUGUGUGUGUGAAUGAAUGAUAUUCACUGAGUAGAUUUAUUCAUGCCAGGAUACAACACUAUUUUUAUUUAUAGAUGCAUAUACACAUAUGAAAUAAACACCUCAAUG